AUGGCUAAGUCUCAUGCACCAAUAGCCCUAAUCACAUUAGUGAAAUUGCUUGUGCUAUUUUUUGUCAUGACCAUGAUGGGUGGCUUGGAUGGCCAGAUCUUGGGCCCAAAGGAGACCCACAUGGUAUUCUACCUUCAAGAUUGGGAGACUGGUAAUGCGACCUCCGUCCCGGUGGCUGGGACCAACGGCACCCUAUCGAGCGUCCUAAACUUUGGAACCAUCAUGGUGGUGGACGAUGCCGUAACAGACGGCCCAGAUCGGCAAUCGAAGCAAGUUGGACGGGCACAAGGGAUCUACGUGAACUCAGCCUUGGAUGGAUCCGAUCUCCACCUUCUAUUCUCUGUUGUCUUUACCAAUGAGAAGUACAAUGGUAGCACUCUAGAAAUCCAAGGGGCUGAUAGGUUCUUUCUGAAGUAUAGGGAGGUUUCUGUGGUUGCUGGGACUGGCUUGUUCCGUUAUGCUCAGGGCCAUGCAGUCUUAGAGACGGUCUAUCUGGAUCUUCCCACUCUCAAUGCAGUGAUCAAGUUCAAUGUCACCGUCCAUCAUUAUUGA